AUGGAUCGAAAAAAAAUCCUGAUAUUUACGUGGUCUUUGUUUUUGUGCAAUCUGGAAGUCGUUUUUAGCAGUGAAGAGCUGAGCGACUGUCCCUUAAGUUGCCCGAAUGUCUACAAGCCAAUCUGCUCUGGAGGAGUAACUUACGAUAAUAUGUGUUUUUUGAAACUCGAAGUAUGCAAAGGCAACAUCAAAAGCGAAGCUGUUGAAGAGAUCGAGCCAUGUCCCGAAUUUAAUGACAUCUCUGGUAGCAGCAGCGAUUCGGUAAAAACAGCGGAUGAAAAAGUAGAGAAUGAAGGCAAACGCAACAAAAAAAAUCAUUCUCACAAUCACAAACAGCAGAUGCGAAGGCGAUUCUGUGCUUCACCGUGUCCUGAACGAACAUCUGAUGAGAAUACGAUCAAACUUUUUGGUAAUGGAUACGAGAAUAAUUGCACUGCAAUAAAGGAAGUCGCGUGUGCAACAGAGCUACGUAGAAAUAAUAAUGAGAAUAAUGGAACGGAAUCAUCAGAUUCCGAGAGAUCUCCCCGAGAUAUGAAACUGGCAAAGAAAGAGAAGUUAAUAUCUCGACCCAUUCAAGAAAACAUUACAUUGGAUGAAGAAAGAAUAUAGCAACGAGAUUGAUCGAAGUUUGGAAUUUAAAUGUAUUGAUGGGAUUUGCAAGACGACAUUAGAUGCGUACAAAGAUUUCUCAUCAGACUGUAUAGACUGUGCGAAUCCAUAUAACAGCUUAACAAUAAAUAGUUGAUCCUUGAAACAAUAUUAAUAGAUAGAAAGUUUUCUAUACAUAUACGAUUUUUUAUUCAACCUCAUUAAUAAAAUGAAUACACAGAUAGACGAUUGGAAAUGAUAAGACAACAAUAUACUUUCAAAGACAACCUAUGUCGAUAACUCUAAUCUAAAAUAUAUACAUAUACCUAUUAUAGGUAAUACCAGUUCCUCUUCCUCCUUUUUUCGACGUGUCAUUUACUUUUGUACUAAA